GAGUCGGCUCAAAGAAUCGACUCAUUGGUGAACGACUCCUUACUCCUAGCUCACAGGGUUGAAGGUCAGAUAGAUAGAACGUGACCAAAGCUAAACGGGUAGUUCAGGACACCGACGUAACGUUGCUUUGAGGUUAUAAACAGUGAUUGUAAGUAUCCAUAGCACUUAAAAUGCCCAGAGGAAGUCGCAGCAGAUCUUCGAGGAUGGCUCCUCCAAGCACCUUCUCCCGUCCGGCACCAUCUGCACCGGUGGCCAGAGCAGCACCUCCACCAGCUCCAGCACCUGCCCCUGCAUCUGCUGUCUCUGUACCUGCUGCAGGUGCCCCUAGACAGCCAGGUCUUUUUGCCCAAAUGGCCAGCACUGCAGCGGGUGUUGCAGUCGGCUCCGCUGUGGGACACACGAUCGGUCAUGCCAUGACGGGAGGCUUUGGCGGUGGUGGAAGUUCUGAGGCUGCCAGGCCUGAUGUUACCUAUCAGGAGCCUUACCCGACUCAGCCUACGUACCAGCAGCAGCCCAUGUAUCAGCAGGAGACAGUGCAGCAGAAUCCCUGUGCCUAUGAGAUGAAACAGUUUCUUGAAUGUGCACAGACACAGAGUGACCUCAAACUGUGUGAAGGGUUCAGUGAGGUGCUCAAACAAUGCAGAUUCUCCAAUGGUUUGCCCUGAGACUGGAAUGGAGGCAUCACUUAGGACUCUUCUUAAUUUAAACAUAUACAUUAAAAUAGAAGAUGCAUAGUGUACAAUAGAGUUGUAUGCAUUUAAUAGAAUUACAAAAUGUACAAGUGUUGUUAACUUGCUUCUGAUUUAUAUGUAUCGGUUAAAUAAUGUCACAUACGCUAGAACAAAACACAAUAAAUCCUUAAACCAG